AUCGAUAACUCCAUGUGUGCAGCAGGGAGCUGCGGAGCCCUGGGUCCAGCGGGAGGUGGGGAAGCGCCGUCAGCCCGACCCUCCCCUCCUCGGAGCUGUCAUCAGCCACACGGAAAACCCUUCCCGAGUUCCUGAGCCUGAAUCCUGCAGGCUCCGCCGGGGCAGCAGCAUGGCACAGCCCUGCCCGGUGCCCAGCACCAGCCCUCCAUGGCCGGACACGGCCCCGGGGCCACAAACCCAGCCCAGGGACAAGUGGAGCAAAAAGAUGGAUUUCCUGCUCUCGGUCAUCGGCUUCGCUGUGGAUCUGGGCAACGUGUGGCGGUUCCCUUACAUCUGCUACCAGAACGGAGGGGGAGCCUUCCUCAUCCCAUACACACUGAUGGCUGUUUUCGGAGGGGUUCCCCUCUUCUACAUGGAGCUGGCGCUGGGGCAGUUCCACAGGACGGGCGCCAUCCCCAUCUGGAAGCGCAUCUGCCCCAUCUUUAAAGGCAUCGGCUUUUCCAUUUGCAUCAUUGGCCUCUACGUCUCCUUCUACUAUAACACCAUCAUCGCCUGGGCUCUCUACUACUUGUGCUCGUCCUUCUCGGGCUCCCUGCCCUGGGCCAGCUGCGACAACCCCUGGAACACACCCGACUGCACCAACUACUUCGGGAGGAGCAACGUGACCUGGACCAACUUCUCCAGGUCCCCCGCUGAAGAGUUCUACACGAGGAAGGUCCUGGAGGUCCAGAAGUCCGGGGGUCUGUACGAUGUGGGGGGGAUCCGCUGGCAGCUGCUCCUCUGCCUCUUCCUCAUCUUCACCAUCGUCUACUUCAGCCUGUGGAAAGGGGUGAAAACCUCUGGGAAGGUGGUGUGGGUGACGGCCACGCUGCCCUACGCUGUCCUCCUCAUCCUGCUGGUCCGAGGGGCCACCCUGCCCGGGGCAUGGAGAGGGGUCCUCUUCUACCUGCGCCCGGACUGGGGCAAGCUCCUGAGCACUGCGGUGUGGGUGGAUGCUGCCGCACAGAUCUUCUUCUCCCUGGGCCCUGGGUUCGGUGUCCUCCUCGCUCUGGCCAGUUACAACCCCUUCCACAACAACUGCUACCGGGAUGCGUUGGUGACCAGCGCAGUGAACUGCCUCACCAGCUUCCUCUCGGGCUUCGUCAUCUUCACCGUGCUGGGCUACAUGGCUGAGAUGAGGGACGUGGAGGUGGAGGAUGUCGCCAGAGACAAAGGGCCCAGCCUCCUUUUUAUCACCUACCCUGAAGCCAUCGCCAACAUGGUGGGAUCCACCUUCUUUGCCAUCAUCUUCUUCCUGAUGAUGGUAACGCUGGGGCUGGACAGCACGUUCGGGGGCUUGGAGGCUGUGAUCACGGCCAUGAUGGACGAGUACCCCCAGAUCCUGGCCGGGAGACGGGAGCUCUUUGUGCUCGGCCUCAUCACCGUGUGCUUCCUGGGCUCCCUGAGCACCCUCACCUACGGGGGAGCCUACGUGGUGAAGCUGCUGGAGGAGUUUGGCGCUGGCUGCUCCAUCCUGGCUGUGGUGCUCCUGGAAACCAUCGCCGUGUCCUGGGUUUAUGGGAUACAGAGGUUCUCCCACGAUGUGAAAGCCAUGCUGGGCUUCACCCCGGGUGUCUUCUGGAAGGUGUGCUGGGUGGCCAUCAGCCCUGCCUUGCUGGCGUUCAUCGUGAUCAGCUCCCUCCUGGACCAGCCGCCGCUGACCCUCUUUGAGUAUCAGUACCCUGAGUGGAGCAUCUCGGUGGGGUACCUCAUAGCAGCAUCGUCCUUCAUCUGCAUCCCCCUGUACAUGGUGUACAAGCUCAUCUGGACACCAGGGUCACUCAAGCAGCGCCUCGCUGUCUGCCUCUGGCCGGAGAAAGCCCCAGGAGCCCCGCAGGCAGAGGCCGUGCCCAUGUCUCCUGUGCUGUAGCCCGGCGGCACAUCCAGGGGAUGCAGAGACUGCCCCGGCCUCCUGCCCCUGCCCUGUGUGAGCCAUGGGGCAGGCACAAGAGCCGCUGCCAUCGCCCUGCUCACAGCAAACCGCCCCCCGCCUCUCCCCCGGUGC